AAGCCAGGUGUCGAUUUAUGUAUCGUCUUCACAUAUAUUCAACCUCCGCUCUAGCAUCAUCUUCCCCAAUAUCAAGGAGACUCAAAAAAUCUGUACAAAAAUGGAUUCUAAACCUCUUGCAGCUCUUCUCUCCUCAUUGAUCCCCCAAAUUCUCUUCAUUUUACUCCACAUUUUACCCCUUCAAAACCCUAAUUCCAUCCCCAGUAAUUUGUACCCGAUUCUCAGCCAUUUUCUAUCGUCCGGCGACAUCGCCGCCGCAACGGCGGUGUUUUCGAGGAAACGGAAGAGGGCCCAGUUGCUAGAAUCGCGAGAGCUUCAAGAUGAGCCCCCACCCACCAAUCGAGUUGACCGAGUUGACUCGGCCGACUCGCCCGAGUCGCCGAUUCCGAGGAGUCCUGACUCGUUUAAACAGGUGUUUAAAAUGAAGGCCUCGACUUUUGAGUGGCUGGCGACGCUUCUCGAGCCUUUGCUUGAGUGUCGUGACCCGGUUGACUCGCCAAUUGAUUUGUCUACUGAGUUACGACUCGGUAUUGGGCUUUUUAGGUUGUCUACAGGAUCCGAUUACCCGGAAAUUUCGACCCGGUUUGGGGUCUCGGAGGCCGUUUCAAGAUUUUGUGUGAAACAGUUGUGUCGAGUGUUGUGUACUAAUUUUAGGUUCUGGGUCGGGUUUCCGAACCCGAACGAGCUCGAAGAAGUAACCAACUCAUUUGAAACCUUGACAGGAAUCCCCAAUUGUUGUGGGGUCCUCAGUACAACAAGGUUCAAGAACUUGAGAAAUGAGGGUAUUGCUGCUCAAAUUGUUGUCGAUUCAUCGUCAAGAAUUCUCAGCAUUGUUGCUGGUUUGAAUGGCCAAAAGGGUAACUUUCCGAUUUUAAAGUCAUCAACUUUAUAUAAAGAUAUUCAAGAUAAGAAAUUGUUAAAUGCAUUGCCUAUCGAUGUGAACUCUGUAAGUGUGCCUCAGUAUUUUGUUGGGGAUGGUAGUUAUCCUUUGCUUUCUUGGUUAGUUGUUCCCUUUAUUGAUCCAAUGCCUGGUUCCUGUGAGGAGAGUUUUAAUAAAGCUUAUGACUUGAUGCGUGUGUCGUCGCUUAAGACCAUUGCGAGUUUAAGGAGCUGGGGUGUUUUGUCUAGACCAGUCGAGGAGGAAAUUAAGACUGUGGUGGCUUAUAUUGGGGCUUGUUCAAUAUUACAUAAUGUUUUGCUAAUGAGGGAAGAUAAUUCAGCUUUGUGCGAUGAUUUGACUGAUAAUUCAGUGCAUGAUCAGAGGGCUGAACCCUCUAGUGAUGUUAUGUUGGAGAGCAAUGUGAUUGAUAACAAGGGAUUUGAAAUAAGAAGUGCAUUAGCUACAAGAUUGUCGGAGCGUGUCACAUCAGAUCAUACAUUAUGUUCUUAAAGGUCGGUAGAACAUGAGCAAGUUAAGAGAUUGCUUAUAUUAGCUGAGGGGAAAAAAAUUGGUCAGCAUUUUUGAGAGAGGCAAAUAAUUGAGGUUUUGAUUCUAUUUUACAACACAGUUUCUCAUAUUUCCACAUUGAUAUAGAUUUUUUCUUUUUAGGCUUUUACAUAUACAAGUCAUUCCGAUAGUUUUAAAUGUUGGUUUGCAAAGUAAUUUAGAUGUUCUUUGAUGAUUGAUUGUUUGCCUGCUAUUGCUAAUGUUGAUAUGGUUUGCUUUUGA